GACGGCAUACACCAGGCGUAAGUUCAGUCAACUGUUUGUCGCGAACGUUCACACAUAGAUAUACGUAGACAGAACAGUCGGUUUCAUCUGCAGUGAAAGAGAGGGAAUAACAGGUAAACGAAAGAUAUUUGCAGGUAAAACCAAGACGAUCUCUGGCCUGUUAAUAUGUCUACUGAACUACAACAAGCAUGGGUUCCUGUUUUCAAGAGCCUCAUCUGGAUUGGCGUCUGCGGGAACUGCUUGGCGGUUGCGCUGUUGUUACAGAAGAGAAAAAUCACAUCUGCUGUGUACGUCGUCAUUAUGUCAAUAGUGGAUUGCUCGAUCCUCAUAAAGCUGUAUUUUUGUCUACAGAACCAGCUGCCACCAUUCCUCGACUUGUACACCCUCGUAGUGAUGUCUUCAGUCCAGUCCAGCAUGUGUAAAAUGUUCGCUUUGAUCAUGGAAAGGUUACGCCUCGACUCGUCAGUUCGCCGAACUGUCAGCGGAUCAAGUAUUAUAAUGAUCCCUGGCAAAUGGAAGCCAGUGUGUAUCACAGUGUGUGCAAUUUCCAUAUGCGUCCUAAUUGUGUACAUAUCAUUAAGUCUGGAUCUAGGCAGUAAAUGGCGUCUGCUGCUAAAGAUUCUUCAAAUCCUGUUACUCGUCUUACCUUUACCUGGGAUGGCGUACUUGGUUAUCAACAUUCGUCGGUUUCAGAAGAAGUUGGCGCUGGCGACAUCAACCUACCCCAUGACUCACGGCGUCCUGGACAAUGACAGUAAAGCUGACAGACAGUUCACCACAUAUCUCAUCUCUAUGGCCAUGGUGUCUUUCGUGACAUGCCCAAUAUAUGCAACAGUCUUAGUAGUUGAUAACAUACUUCCCGAAUUACCGGGACAAGGGAUUGCAAUUGUAACAUCCUUGACAGUUAUCGUGCAGUGCGCGGUCAAUGUAUGUCUACAACUGGUACAUACAAAACUAUUUCAUCGUGCAGUUCCUCUAAAUCACGAUUCUGUCAAAGAACAAAGUGAAGGAUAAUGACUGUUGGCAUUCCCUUUUGACUACUAUUUCUCGUUCUAGCCAGUGGCAUAUCAAAUUCCGUGGUAUGUGCUAUCUUGUUUGCGAGAUGGUGCAUAUAAACGAUAUCUUGCUACUAACGGGAAAAGAAACAAACAUUUAGUGGGUUUCCUCUUUAAGACUACAUGUUAAAAAUUACCAAAUGUUUGAUAUCCAAUAGCCGGUGAUUAACAAAUCAUUGUGUUCUAUUCUUAUCGCUAAAGGCCGUGGUAUGUACUAUCCUGUCUGUGGGAUGGUGCAUAUAAAAGAUCCUUACUGCUAAUUGAAAAAAGUAGCUCAUGGACUGGCGACAACGGAUUUCUUCUCUCAAUAUUUGUGUGGUUCUUAACCAUAUGUCUGACGCCAUAUAAACACAAACAAAAUGUUGAGGGGUUAGUGUCAGAACCCAUUAUAUGGUGAAUUAUACAAAAAUGAGUUAAUUACCUUGUCAGCAUCAUGGAAAUGUGUAGUAUCAUUUCACAAUAUCUCAUUCAAAUCAAUCAUUUAUUUGUGCUUUUAUACAUCAGAACCCAAACCAAUUAUCUUGUAUGUCCAUUUCCACAAAAAGCCAAAACCAUGUUUUCAGCACUACCUUAUUCUGUCUCUCUAGAAUUUUGUAGUACCACCCAUAGCUGACAGACAUAACAUGUUAGCUUACAACACUGGAUUGUGGUGGGCUGUAAACUGUCUGAGAAGAUUGAAUCCUAGGUGCCAGACCGCAUGACAAGCUAAUGACACAUGCUAGCUCUAAGUGUUUACAUCCAGCGAUGGUGUUUUAUUUAAACUAUCUCUGGCUGGAUGUUUUGGCUUGCAAAGAAAUAGCAGGUAGCUAGAAUUAAUUGUUUACGCUACACCAUAACCAGUCUGUUGGUGAUAAUCUGAGAUGGG